GGUCGCCUUGGGCCUUAGAUUGUGGAGGGCCUCAAAUUUUUUGAGGCCCACAGGGGAUGGAAAAUAUAUAUAUAUAUAAAAAGUUAGGGCAAGUUUCAGCCGACACAAUCUGCUUCGACACUCCUCAGGGCGCAGCCUCAACCAUCGCCUCAGGUGACAAGGAUGACGACAGAAGCACCCUUUCGAGCGAGAGAGAAGCUUAUUGAGAAGCAAAAAUAUUUCCAAAGCGUCCACAAGCACACGUAUCUGAAAGGUCCAUAUGAUAAGCUUACCUCAGUUGCCAUUCCUGUUGCUUUGGCAGGGGCUUCCUUGUUUUUGAUUGGACGGGGAAUCUAUAAUAUGUCUCUUGGGAUUGGAAAGAAAGAAUGAAGAUUAUCUCUGCUCAAAGAGGAUUCCUAUGGCUGCUUAAUUGCUAAAAACACAUGCUUUUGAACUUGGAUGUUAUUUUCUAAGUUCCUACUUUUUUACCUCUAAUAAUUGCAUAGUUGCAGACAUGUUAAUAUGCAACAUUGGUUUAACUUUGGACACAGAAAAUACUUUCAUUGGUGUUUUGCCUUAAA